AUGGAGAAUGUACAAAUUUUGCAGUAUCUUGGUGACAGUUGGGACUCUUUUUUGGCUCCUUCAGAAGGUCUUUUGGGAGGGAUAUUGAUCCUUUGGAGAAAAGAUGUAGCUAUCUUUAAUAUGAAGGAAGUGUCAUCUCAAGUGGUAGUUGGAAAUCUGGAGGUUUUAAACAGGGAAUGCUGGUUGGUUUCUACAGUUUAUGGAAGCAGAAGUUCGGAGGAGAAGAGAGGAGGUAAGAAAUUUACUUUCUCACAAGGAGCUAGAGAUAUGAAAGAUUUUAUGAAUAAUAAUGACUUUCAUGAAAUUGGGUUUGUUGGACCCAAAUUUACAUGGUGUAACAUUAAAUCUGGAAGUAGCCGUAUUCUUGCAAGACUUGAUAGAUGCCUUUUGAAUUCUUAUGCUAUGAACUCCAUCCAAUUGGCCUUGGAGAAGCACUUGUCUCGAGUUGCUUCCGACCAUUGUCCUAUCAUUCUAGAAAUUUUCAAGCCUAUUACUGUUGCUCGUAAAGACUUGCGUUUUGAAGAUGUUUGGGCUUCUUAUCAUGGUGCUACUGCUUUAGUGGAGAAAUAUUGGAACAAGAUAGAAGAAGCUGAGGGAUUGCUUGAAGAUUCUAAGCUGGCUAUCCUUAGAUCCAAAAUCAAUGAGCUGAAUUGCACUUUGGCGAGGCUUAAUAUUUGGUGGAGGCAAAGGGCUAAAGUUAGAUGGUUUGAGGAUGGAGAUGCUAACACAUCUUUCUUUCAUACGUUUGCUAAUUCUAGAAGAUGUUCAAAUUGGAUGAAACAUGUCAAAACAGAUGAUGGUGUUUUGCUGGAAAAACCGGAUGACAUUGAAGCCGUUUUCACUGAGUUCUUUAAGAGCAAAUGGAAACACAGGAAUUGUCAAAUUGAUGGCUGGCCAAAACCCUUCAAUUUGUUAGAACCUGAAGACCAGAGAUUAUUGGAAGCUGAUUUCAGUAAAGAUGAACUUAAGAAGGUGGUUGAUAAUUUAAAAUCUAAUGUUGCUCCUGGAAAUGAUGGGAUUACUUUCUCCUUUAUCAAAUUUUAUUGGAAGAUUAUUCAUCAUGAUGUUUGGAAGGCUAUUGAUAAUUUCUUCAAAUCUAGACAAAUGAAUUAA